AUGACGCAAAGCUUCUCCUCAAAUUGGUUGCCAAACGAAGAUCAGAGUACGACAGUCAUCAAUACUGAUGAGAUUGCUCGAAAAUUAGAAGUAGUCUAUGGUAUCCAAUCAGGCUCGAUCAGUAUCCGAACUAUUGUGACACAUAAUAGUGAAACAAGUGUUGAUUAUCGUCGUCGCCGUCAACUUCAAAGUGAAAAAAAUGAAAUGUGCGUCUUUAUUUUGCAUGAUUUUUUUAAAAUAGUGCAUUUAUUCUCAAUACCUGUCUAACUCUAUUUCAGACCUAGCUGUGAUCAGUUGGAUUCUGAUGGUUCAAUUAUAGACAUGAACAUUUAUAUAGUUUGUCCAGAAAGCUGUGCUACAUAUAAACCUUGCAAAGACGAUUUUGUUGCUGUUAUCCAUGCUCGUAUUGCUGCAUAUAUUUCAAAUAUUUCGCUGGAACUCAAAUUUGACGAUGGAAGCUGCAGUGAAAUUACGUUGAUCAGAUGCAAUAAAACAACUGCUAUGUCAUCAGAUUCUUUAUUAGAGUCACCGCACAGUGAUAAACGAAAAGGUAAGUGUCUUUUUAUUCCAUAAGUUUUUCGAUGCGUUGGUAUGAAUAUUUUCGUCAUUCAGUUUUGAGAAUUUAAAUUAGUAACAAAAGUCAAAAAACUCAAGUGCUCUACUAUUUUGUUCUGGGAUCAUAUUCAAAUCUAUAGUUUGAUCAACUAGUUAAGUCUUAUAUUUAAAGAAUAUUGAAUGCCUCAACUUCUGCGAAUUUCGUAAGUCAAGAAAUUAGAAUGUGCAUAUGUUUUAAUGUAGUAGAAACGUCUUGAUAGUAUAUCGUGUACCAUUUAAAAGUCAUUUAUGAGAUAUUAUGAAAUGUCAUUCUCGACUUGCUAGCACUUCGAUAAACUCUGGCCGCCAUGUGUCAUGAUGAAACUGUUUUUUUUGGUAAACGUCUGUUUUAACAUUGAACUUGAUUAGAAAUAAAAGUGUUUACUAAGUAAAAGACAGUUAUUCGUGAUUUGAGCAGUCGGUUUUUUUUUGAGAAUUUUUCCACCAGUAAAUCCUUUCCAUUAUAAGUUACCAAUUAUAAGCUUAAAAAUGUCUAUGCAAUUCGUAAAUUGAAAAAACUCUUCAUAGCAUUAUAUUUGAGAGUGCGCAUUUAUUCAUUUGCACAUGAAAGAACAUAUAGAGAUUUUACAAAAGGGUGCAAAUUAGUAGAGGAUUAUUUACUCUUCUAAACUAUGGUUUUUGGAUUAGAAAGUAGUUUUAUUCUCACAACUGACAUAUAAUUGUUUGGUGUUAGGUAUUACAGGUGAUAAUUGAUAGAUAGCCUCAGCAAGAAGUUUUGUUCAGAUUUCUAGUCAUAGAGAGCUGUAAAAUGAUAUGUUCAAUGGCAUGUGCAUGUAUAUUUCAUACUCAUUCUACUGUUAUGUGAUAUUAGAAGAAUUUUAUUGUUCAUUUGGUGACAUCUUAGUAGAACUUCUUGCUGAGGCUAUUUACAAAUUAUCGUCUAUAAUACUUAACAACAAGAAAGCAUAUGUGAAUCACAGAAAUAAAACUACUUUUUAAUCGAACAAUCACAGUUUUGUAGAAAAAAUAAUUCACUACAAAUUUGCAGCAUUUUGUGGUAUUCUUAUAUGUUCUUUCAUGUGAAAAUGAAUAAAUGAAAGGUGUCUUGUGAAUGAUUGAGAUAUGGUUGAGUAUCGAGCAGCUGAACUUUCUGGGAUACAACAAGUGUUGUAAGGCUAUAUCUGAUAUAAUGUCUGACGUUCUUCCUUAUGACUUGUUGACAUUUGAAAUUAACUGAACAUUAGAGAAGAAAAUUGACUUUGAUCACAAAUGUGAGAUAUUCUAGAAAACUAGUCUUUUUCGACUUUUUUCAGAAGAGAAGCUAAAAUUAAACGUAGUCAUCUUUUAGAGCACAAUUUGCUCUUUUGACUAUGAUACUAUGAAGAAUUUUUUCCAGUUUAAAAAGAAUGCAUAAUGAAUUGUAAAAAACAAAUAGCUCGAUAAUUUUCGAACUUUGAAAUAAAAUCAUUAUGUGAUUAUUUUGCCAGUAAUAAAUGAAUCGAUGCAUAUUUUGACGUGACAUUUUGUAAACAUAGAGAGAAAAUGAUACUCCGCUUGCUUUACAAAGUAGAGAAAACACGCCAUCUUAUUGCAAUGAGGGUAAAAUCAGUGUUGAUAUAUGGGAGUGGACGGUCACUUUUAGUCGCCUCUCUAUGUAUAUCAUUAUCUGGACCCCAACAUAUUAACUGUUAGAUCAAUUUCGAAAAUUUCUAUCCAAAUGAUUAGCUCUUAAAACUGUUUAAGGUUGACUGUAUUUAAAAAUUAAAUUGAAAUACCUUCGUUUUUUCGCAUUGAGUACAUAUGACAUUAGCAUUAAUUUUUUUAUCAAAGACCGACAAAAUUAAUUCGAAAGAGACUUUUAGUGCUCUAGAAGUCUCAUAAGCGGAUCGAUUUAGUCGAAAAUCAGUUUGAGGCAGUAUGUGCAUAGGGAUAUACACAUUUCGGUGAAUACCAGUUUUUCGAAGAGGAAGCUUUUCUAUUGCGUAAAAUUUUAUGGAAAAAAAAAGCGAUUUUCUAAAGAACUGAACAAAACUGCAAGAAAAACUUUGGUAUCGCUUGACAUCAUAUAGAAAGACGAUUCGAAUGACAAAUAAAAGAAGAUUUGAAAAAUGCUGGAAAACAAAGAGAUAUCUUUAAAAGGUACAGUAGUGAUAUCUGUUUAUGAACCAUAAGAUCUGAAACAAAAUGGGUUUAAAAAAAUGCAAUAGACUCCGAUAGGAUUUCUAUACUUAGUUCUCUACGCUGAUUGCGAAAAAAUGGCUUGGAACUUAGAAAAAAAAUGAAUGAUAUUGAGCGACACCAAGCAAAAUUUUCCAAAAUGCACGAUGCUCUUAGUAAUUCGAUUUUGUAAUACAAAACGAGUUUUGAAAAUUAGCUUUUUUUCUAACCUAAUUUUGUACACACUAUCUAAUAGUAGAAGAAUUGAUAGAAAAUUUUCGCUAAAGUUUGGAAUUUGGCCAACCUAAUUGUUUUAAUAGUAGUAUGAUUGAGCUCUCAAAUAUGUGGAUGUCAUGAACUGUCAUGGCGAACAAAUUAUGAUGAAACUAGCCGGGACGAUAGGAAAAAAUCAUGGCAUAAUGCUGGCACAGAUGAAAUUGUUUAGGACACUGAUAGAUGUCUAUGAAUAACAAAAUACCUCAGAGUGAUUGAAAUCCAAGAGUCUAAUAGAAUCUGCAAUGGAGCGCGACACAAACAUACACCAAUAAUCACACGGGGGGGGGGGGGGGGGGGGGGGGGGGGGGAAGGGGAAAGGAAGGGCAGACGGAACCUUGAUGUAGUCUCGAAUAGAUCCCAAUAUAUCUUGCUAGACAUUCGGUCCAUACUUUAGAAGCUUGAUGUGACAUUUGAAUUAUUUGUAAUUCAUUUACAUCAUGAAUUACGUAGUUUAGCCAAAGCCAGACAGGACAGUAGCAGAAUAUUUAUUGACUUCUUUCUGAGCAUAUCGAAAGAAAUCUGUGUAUGUUCUAUUCAAUUUUCGACUCUUACCUUGUCCAGUAUCAAAUGAUAGUUCGAUAGAUGUCUUAUUGUAUUGAUUCGUAACCAGCUUUCCCUUGAAAAUCUAACAGUGGGACCAACAGAAUGAAAGUCAACUAUCAUAUUUUCUUAUUUUAAGGCAUAUGUUCAAGACGGGCUCGACAUGAAACACUGCCCAUACCAGUUUCUAUGACAAAUAAUGGAUUCCCUCUCUCAGAAAAACUCUAGCGAUUAAAUCGAUCGACAGGAUUUCUUUAUCAUAUAAGUAAAUAAAAUCAUUUCAAUUUCUCUACAGCGAACUUCUCGGAAAUGCGUUGGCAAUUGCCUAUCCCAAUUUAUUAUUACUUCCUGUAUGUAAAACUUUGAGCGGAACAAAUCCCAUUGAAAGGUGAUUUUGAGAGUACUAGAGCCAUACAAGAAUACGAAUAAAUUCUUCGAUUCCCAUAUCUACCGGUUCACACUCAAUGAUAAAAUAAACUUGAUUAUAAAAACAUAUUCUCAGCAAACUUUCUAAUAUCAAAAUCAUUUCACUCUAUAUACCGCCAAUAUUAUGAUUCAGUGGAGAAAUUGACUUCACGAAAACAUGAUCUCACAAAACUAGUACAACAUGAACAUUGACUACAACCGAAAUUUCGACCGUCAUAAACACGAACUACAUAAAUUCUUUAUCUAUCUGUUGUAUAUCAUGUGCAUAACAUUUCUUUAUAACUUACAGUUGCCACAUGCAGUGACAAGUUGAAAAAUCAAGAUGAGACUGAUAUCGAUUGUGGCGGUCCCUGUACAGCACAGGGAAAGUAUUGCAGCAAUGGAAAGGUGUGUAACCAACAUAAAGAUUGCAAAACAGGUGUCUGCACAAAAGGUCGAUGUACUGGUAGGUAUCUUUUUCUGUCUAUAACAAUUUAACACUCGUCUUCCUCCUAUAGGCGCAACCUGUAAUAAUCGUAAGAAGGACCCAGGAGAGACCGAUGUCGACUGUGGAGGUCCAUGUGUAGCAGAAGGAAAGAAGUGU